AUGGGAAGCAAAGGAAGGUUCGUCCUGCUCGGGCUCCUGCUCAUCCUGGCUGUCCUUUGCCGUUCAGGUCACAGCCUGGAGUGCUACUCAUGUAUCAAUCCAGUUAUAUCCUGCGAUAUCAACAUGACUUGUUCAUAUAAUUUCGACGCAUGUAUCUUGGUCAAAGCCGAGGUAGGAAGACAUUACUACCAGUGUUGGAGGAUGGAAGACUGCGAGUGGGACUACAUUUCCAGUGCCUUAGGGGAGACCAAGCUGACAUACGAAUGCUGCCAGAAGGACCUGUGUAACACGGAGAAGGAGGAGAGCGAUACAAGCCACUUGUCUGGGAGAACAACUCUGCUGGCAACCCCACUGCUGGCAGCAGCCUGGAGCCUUUGUCUCUAA